GAUAUUUAUAGAUCGCGAGGGUGUUGUUAGUUUUCAAUAAAUAAUGGAGGAAACAAAAGUGAUUUACUACAUAGACGAUGAGGAGACGCCUUAUUUAGUGAAAAUCCCGAUAUCGCCGGAGAAAGUGACUCUGUUAGACUUUAAAAACCAGUUAAACCGGCCAAGUUACAAAUUCUUUUUCAAGUCGAUGGACGAUGACUUCGGUGUUGUAAAAGAAGAAAUUGUCGACGAUAGCGCUCAUUUGCCGUGUUUUAACGGUCGUGUGGUGUCGUGGCUUGUGUCUGCUGAGGGCUCGAACCCCUCGGACGGCGCUUCGCAGUGUACGGACAGCAAUGCGGGCAAAGGAAAGGCGAAUCAACACGGGGCUCCCACGGCGCCCCUUACCCGUGAUACUUGCACUGAUACCGAGAGUACGAUCAGCUCCCGGCCUGGGCAUAGGGCUUCCUGCGACAAAUACAAGUACAGAGGCCUUCGAAUCAACGGACAUUCCAAGUACAACCACGGUUUGGAGUAUGAAACAGCGUCUGUUCUUAGCUCAGACCUGGACUCGACGAGUCUGUUUGACAGCCAGUCUGAGAUCACCACGACCACAGGCAGACAUACAAAUGCCUCCGUAGACCGAGCCCUAACCGAAUGCAGCAGCGUUUCACAUUUACAAGUAAGCAACAGAAAAAGGCCUCAACGAAGAAGAAAAAGACCUCAAGUCAUGUCUAGGACUUCUUCAUACUCAUCAAUUACAGACUCAACUAUGUCUAUGCACAUUAUAACGGUCACAUUAAAUAUGGAUACGGUGAAUUUUCUUGGUAUCUCAAUUGUUGGCCAGUCAAAUAAGGGUGGAGAUGGAGGUAUUUACGUUGGCAGCAUUAUGAAAGGAGGUGCUGUGGCGUUGGAUGGACGUAUAGAGCCUGGAGAUAUGAUAUUACAGGUGAAUGAUGUCAACUUUGAAGACAUGACGAAUGACGAAGCGGUUAGGGUGUUAAGGGAGGUGGUCCAGAAACCGGGGCCCAUUAAAUUGGUGGUAGCCAAGUGUUGGGAUCCCAAUCCCAAGGGGUACUUCACCAUACCAAGGACUGAGCCAGUGAGACCUAUUGAUCCCGGAGCGUGGGUAGCGCACACGCAAGCGCUGAGGGAGGCGUACCCCCCGCCGCCGCCGUCGCUGUCCGCCCUGCCUGUCUCCAGCGUAUCAGCUGGGGGCUCCGAAGCCAGUACCGUGGCCGCUGGAGGCCUACAGCCGCAACUACACGUCAACAUGGACAUGGCUCUCGUUGUUAGGGCUAUGCUGAGACCGGAUUCUGGCCUGGAGAUCAGGGACAGAAUGUGGCUGAAGAUCACGAUACCCAACGCGUUCAUCGGCGCUGAUGUGGUGGACUGGAUCCUCCAGCACGUCGCGGGCAUCGCUGAUAGACGUGACGCCAGGAAAUAUGCCUCGCAUAUGCUUAAGGCCGGCUUCAUAAGACAUACGGUGAACAAGAUAACAUUCUCGGAGCAGUGUUACUACGUGGCCGGCGAGCUGUGCGCAGACAUGGCGGCCUUAAGGCUCAGAGGCGCAGACGCAGACAGCUUAAGCGACACGCUACAGCCGCUGCCCAACCCCAACAUGAUGGGUCCAGGCUAUAUGCCGUAUGCAGGCUCGUACGGUUACCAGCCCAUACCGUUCAAGUAUACCUCGUGUGUCACCAGCGAGCACACCAUAUAUGGCUACAAUAGAGAGGAGAGCGUGCUGUCCGGCAGUGGGGGCUCCAGCGCCGGAUCAGACCACCUCACCGCCAAGGAACACACAGGGCCGCGCGAGGCUGAGGCGAAGUCCGCGUCGAGCGGGUCGGGCGCCUCUGCCGCCGACCCCGCCCGCCGCCCCCACUCGCACUCCAGCGGCUCCGACCGCCCCGUGCUGUUCCUGUAACGGACCGAGCUGUGAGUCUGCGCAACAACUGCCAAAAACGCGUAGGAAUAUAUAUAUACAUAUAUAUAUAACACGUAACUUGUAUAUUAAUUAUCUAUUAACUAAUUAUUUGUAAGCCAAAAUUAUGUAUAGGAUACCAUUGUACUGCCAACCGCCCAACGCGCGUUAAGCGUGAAGAAGGGCAUUGUCUAUGAACUCUAUGAGGUUAAUACUCCAUCUCCAUCCCGGAAGAAAUGGCGUGGAGAUUUUUUAUAACAGAUGCGCUGUUAGCAUUUUCUAUUGCCGUUAAAGCCAGUAGAAGAGAAUUUUAUGGUAUUUUUCAUGGUGUGAGAAAACCAGUGGGCCU